AUGGGCGCCAUGUGCACAAACUGCUGGCAGGUGAACAGCAAAGGCUCUGUGGUCCUCAGCAUGCGUUGCCGAGGCCUGUGGGGAGAGUGCGUUUGGGACAAGUUUGUCAAAAUCUGGACCUGCGACGUCUUCAGCUCUUACCUGAACCCUCAUCCUGGGGCCAUUAUCACUGCAAGAGCCUUGCUCAUCACAUCUGCCAUUGCAGGGGCUUCAGCCUUCCUCUGCCUCCUCUCAGGAUGUCGAUAUUUCCGCUGCUUCCAAGAGACCACGGCCAAGUGGCGCUGCCUCUACCUCUCCAUGGGAUGCUAUCUCUUUGCAGGCUUUUUGUCCUGCAUUGGCGUGAUCCGAUAUUGCCUGUAUGUCUUCUUCCAGCACCAGUAUGAGGUGUCUCUGAGGAUCCCUGGAUUCCCCAGCUUUGAGUAUGGCUAUUCCCUGUGGAUGGCUGUAGCAGGUGGCCUGGCAGCCAUUGCCGCAGCUGUCACUUCGUACUAUGAAGGGGUGCUUCUUAAGACCCUCAGCAUGAGUCCAGCCAAGGAGAUGCCUGCUGGAGAUGCCACUGGGACUACUUGGACGUAUGUCUGA